AGUUUUCAUUCAUACGAAAUUUGCACGAAACAUCCGUCUCGUGCGGCGCGAAUGCUCCGAAUCUUCUUAUAAACCCUGUCCUGUCUGUUCGUAUCACUAGUCAUUCACUGUCACUACUCACUUGUCGGCUCACUCUUAGCUGCGCGUGAUUCGUGUGCAACAGUCAUUUUUACUGUUCCUGUCCGAAAUCCUGCUCUGUGACUUGUUUUAUUUUAUUUUAUAGUUGUUAUUAGUUUUUUACACACUAUCCGGUUAUACAGUCUCACCCUCGUUUGGGAAGUGGAUGUUUUCAACUGUUUUAUUUUUGAAUUUUUUUUUUGUUGUUGUUUGAAUUUUUUGUAUUUAAUAAUAUACGAAAUACGUAUACUUCCACCUACGUUACCCAACGCUCAAUGAACUAAUGGCUGUGUGCAAUUCAGUAGUGAAAACCAUUGUGCCCGAUUACAGUAACAGUGAAUGCAUCAAGCUGUGCAGUGAACAUUAUUGGCCACCCAAAGAUGAAAACAAUCAAGUUUAUCAACAUUUACCUCCAACUACGGACACUGUACCAACCAAACCUUUUCCGAUCAGAGGCGAACGUCUCAACUAUGUUAACACACCUCACGUCAUUGCUAUGGUCGGAUUACCGGCACGAGGGAAAACUUAUAUUUCAAAAAAACUUUCCCGAUAUCUAAACUGGAUCGGUAUUAAUACCAAAGUUUUCAAUCUCGGAGAAUACCGACGUCAUGCUACAACGGCAUACAAGUGCCACGAAUUUUUCCGUCCUGAAAAUAAAGAAGCAAUGGCCAUUCGAACGCAAUGCGCUAAGGACGCACUUGAUGACGUUUGUACGUGGCUGGACAACGGCGGAGAAGUUGCCGUUUUUGAUGCCACUAACUCUACCAUCGAACGUCGGCAACUAAUUUUAGAUAUUGUUGUGAAAAAACGAGGUUUCAAGUUGUUCUUUGUAGAAUCAGUGUGUGAUGAUCCUAAAAUUGUCGAACAAAACAUAAUGGAAGUAAAGAUCAACAGUCCGGACUAUCAAAGCAUGGGUGCGGACGUUGCUCUUCGGGACUUUUUACAGCGAAUAGAGCACUAUCAGGAACAAUACGAACCGCUGGAUGAAAACACCGAGUCCGAAUUGAGCUAUAUGAAAAUAUUCAACACUGGCGAGAAGGUUCUAGUUCACAAGCACGAAGGUCACAUACAGGCGCGCAUCGUUUAUUAUCUGAUGAACAUUCAUAUCAUUCCGAGAACGAUUUAUCUUACGAGACAUGGUGAGAGUGAAUGGAACAGAGAAGGAAAAAUUGGUGGGGACUCGCAACUAUCGCCCAAUGGUGUCAAAUAUGCCAUCGCUUUGGCCAAUUACAUAAACGGUCAAAACAUAAAAAACCUUCGGGUGUGGACUUCGUGGCAUCAUCGGACCAUUCAGAGUGCAAGUGGAGUUCGUGCCCCUCAGGAACGAUGGAAGUCAUUGAACGAAAUCGACGCUGGCGUGUGCGAUGGUAAAACAUAUGAAGUAAUCAAACGUGAAUUCCCAGAACAAUUUGAAUCCCGGGAUAGAGACAAGUUUGCAUAUCGUUACCCAAGAGGCGAGUCGUAUGAAGACCUAGUAGCACGACUGGAACCGGUCAUCAUGGAAUUAGAAAGACAGGGAAAUGUUUUGGUUGUCAGUCAUCAAGCUGUUCACCGGUGUUUAUUAGCCUAUUUCUUAGAUAAAAACUCAGAAGAGCUACCGUAUUUAGAAGUACCAUUGCAUACAUUAAUCAAAUUAACUCCUGUAGCUUACGGAUGUAAAAUGGAACAAAUCAAUUUUCCCAUUGAAGCUGUCAAUACACAUCGUCCUAAGCCUAAGGAUCUGCCCACAUCCUUCGAUAGCAUGGGCAUCAAAUCGACUAAUAUGGAGCCGGGAUUCUUGGAGGAUCGAUUCAAAACCGAGGGAAAAGAUAAAAAAAAAGAAGGUCUCGACAAUGGGAGCGGGAAAAUAGCCAACAACGGAGACGCCACACUGCCAACUUAAUUUCGUCCGACCACCACUACGACCUCGAUCCGCGACUAAUUACGUAUCAUAACUUUACCGAGGAUAUCACAUCACCACCGCCGUUGACGCGUCGUGCCGAAGAAUCGACAGCGUUACUGCAAUUGGAGGUCGUGGUGAUAAUGAUGGCCGCCGCCCAUACAGUUUAAAUUAAAAAAAAAAAAAAAAAAUUAUUUCAUUGAUUAUCAUUUUCCAGUUAGUAUUUUUUUUUAAAUUUUUUUUUUUUUUUUUGUUUGUUUUGGUGGAAGGGAGAGGGUGAACGCCGUCGUCCAUAGUUGAUCGAUAUUAUUUUUUGUACCAUAUUUCAAGAUUAUAAUUUGUGUGUAUAUGUGUUGUUGUGUAAAUAUAACACGCGGGAGCGACCUACUAUCCGAAUUCGACUAAUACUCGUAUAUAUGAUUAUAUACGUACAUCGUUUUAAUUGAUUAAUGUUUGAAAAUGCUACUUAAUUUUUAGACAAUUUUUGUUGAUGUAAAUAAUUGUGCCGUAUGAAGUACUUAUAGUCCGAUUUAAAAUAUACGUUUAAACUGUCAUUAUAUUUAAACUAUAUAUACACACAUAUUAACAUAUAAAUUUAUCGG